CCCUGCGGUCGCCAGGUAACGGGUGGCAGCGCGCAGGCCGCGGAGGUCUCAGGGACCGGACCCACACAGCCCGCCGGUGUGUGUCGGUGCUGCGAUGGCGGCCGCCGCAGCCGUGGUCACGCCGACGGGCUUGGAGGACGGGGUGUCUCGGUCUCGCGGCGAAGGGGCCGGGGAGGCGGUGGUGGAGCGCGGGCCCGGCGCGGCCUACCACAUGUUCGUGGUGAUGGAGGACUUGGUGGAGAAGCUGAAGCUGCUCCGCUACGAGGAGGGGCUCCUCCGGAAGAGCAACCUGAAGCCCCCGUCCAGACACUAUUUUGCUCUCCCUACCAACCCUGGUGAACAGUUCUACAUGUUUUGCAUUCUUGCUGCUUGGCUGAUUAAUAAAGCAGGACGUCCCUUUGAGCAGCCUCAAGAGUAUGAUGAUCCUAAUGCAACGAUAUCUAACAUAUUAUCUGAGCUUCGGUCGUUUGGUAGAACUGCAGAUUUUCCCCCUUCAAAAUUAAAGUCAGGUUAUGGAGAGCAUGUGUGCUAUGUUCUUGAUUGUUUAGCCGAAGAGGCAUUAAAAUACGUUGGUUUCACCUGGAAAAGACCAUCGUACCCAGUGGAAGAGAUAGAAGAGGAAACUAUUCCAGAAGAUGAUGCAGAAUUAAUAUUAAAUAAACUGGAUGAAGAAUUUGUGGAAGAAGAGACAGAUAAUGAAGAAAACUUUAUUGAUCUGAACAUUUUAAAGGCCCAGACCUAUCGCUUGGACAUGAACGAGUCUGCCAAACAAGAAGAUAUUUUGGAAUCUACAACAGAUGCUGCAGAAUGGAAUCUAGAAGUUGAACGUGUACUACCACAGCUAAAAGUCACGAUUAGGACUGACAAUAAGGAUUGGAGAAUCCAUGUUGACCAAAUGCACCAGCACAAAAGUGGAAUUGAAUCUGCUCUAAAGGAGACCAAGGGGUUUUUGGACAAACUCCAUAAUGAAAUUAGUAGAACUUUGGAGAAGAUUGGCAGCCGAGAAAAGUACAUCAACAAUCAGCUUGAGCACUUGGUUCAAGAGCACCGUGCAGCACAAGCGCAGCUGAGCGAGGCAAGAGAACGAUACCAGCAGGGAAACGGUGGCGUCACAGAAAGGACCAAGCUCCUGGCUGAGGUUACAGAAGAAUUAGAAAAGGUAAAACAAGAAAUGGAAGAGAAAGGCAGCAGCAUGACGGAUGGCGCUCCUUUGGUGAAGAUUAAACAGAGCUUAACAAAACUGAAGCAAGAAACCAUUCAGAUGGACAUUAGAAUCGGCGUUGUAGAGCACACAUUGCUCCAAUCGAAACUGAAGGAGAAGUCCAACAUGACUAGGGACAUGCACGCAACAGUUAUUCCAGAAUCAACAAUAGGCUCUUAUUAAAAACAUAGUGUUUUUCAUGCUUCUGAUUAGUUGGUUUUUAUAUUAAAUUUUAUUUAAUGUUACAGAGAUCCUAAACACAGAUAAACCUCGGCAACAUGUUCAAUAGGUAGUUUGGGGUAUUAUAUACACGUUUUAUAUGAUGGUGAUUAUGACAUAAAACAACUUUGAAUAUAAUGUUUAAUAAAAUAAUGAAAAAUUCUGAUGUUU